AUGAAGCAGAUCUGCGUACUCAUCACAGAGGACGAGUACGUCGCCGAUAUUCGGUCGGCGCAAGCGUUUACUGAGAACGAACGGGUUCUCAGUAGCUCGUCUACGGACGAGAGUGUCCUCGAUGGGAAGACUUGGAUUGAGCGAUACACGUCUCAAUCUUGA